AUGUUCAAGCUGAACCCCCUGAGCAAGCUGAUAUUUCUGAGCAUUCUUAUAGCAAUUGGGUUCCUCAAUAUUGUGCUCAGCUGUGCAUUGUAUGAUAAUUGGCUUCCUCUGAUCGAUGUUGCCAUUUUCCUCGUUGCUCCGCUGCCCAAUGCUUUAGCACAAUCUCUUUCGAGCGCAUACGAGGCUGAUUUCUUGUCGGAUUCCCACCAAGAGAUACCGAUCAAGGAAUUUUUCAAGUUUAUGACAGGGUUCCUUGUGAUCAGUGGUAUUAUCUUCCCAAUUAUUCUCUUCCAUUGCCAUUUGAUCACGCACUGGAGUCUAAUUUUAAGUGUCGCGGGAGGUUUUAUCAUUUAUCUAAGCAUUGUGCUCUUCAUUGUGGGUUUCAAAGAGGAACCAGACGAAUACGAUUUCUGA